AUGUGUCUGAACAUGUACGACGUUCGACUCGUGGAUACGUAUCCAGCAUGUGGCCUAACCUGGCCGCCGGAUCUCGCGGACAUCACCCCUUACCUCUCGCGGACGGAUGUCAAGAAGGCGCUCCAUGCCCAAGACCAUUCGGCCGACGGUCGAAUGCGAGGCCAAAGUCGGCAACAAUUUCUGGGCUAA